AUGUUUUCGAGCCGCUUAACAACGGUGGCGCAUCAAGCCCGCCGCACCGGCUUGGCUGUUCAUAACGCCCCGAUGAUCCGGAAUUUCGCGGCCAAGGCAUCCGUGAACUCAGCACCUGCAGGUUCAGCACCGGCGAGCUCAGCGCCCAAGGGCUCGGCCCCGGCCAGCUCGGAAUCUACGAGCUCUGCACCCAAGGCCUCGGCACCUACGAACUCGGCAUCAUCAAAGGCCCCGACAACCGCGAGUCCGGCACCCACAGCAUCAGCACCUGCGGACGCAGCUCCCAAGCCCGCCGCCGCUGCAUCUGCUUCCAAGGCCUCAGCACCUGCGAGCUCAGCAUCUAAGGCCUCGGCCCCCGUGACCCCAGUAGCCAGGAGCCACAAGGUUGUGGUCGUCGGUGGUGGCAGCGCCGGCCUGGCCAUCAGCCACCAGCUCCUCCGAACCGGCAAAUUCUCCCAGGACGACAUUGCAAUUAUUGACCCUGCCGCAUGGCACCACUACCAGCCCGGCUGGACCCUCGUUGGCGGUGGCUUGAAGAACAAGGAAGACUUGAAAAGACCCCUAGACAGCUUGGUCGACCCCCAGCUCAAGUUCUAUCAGCAGAAAGUCAGCACUUUCACCCCGGAAGAGAACAUUGUCCAGCUGGGAAACGGGGAUAAGCUUGCUUACGAGCAACUCGUCGUCGCUCCGGGUAUCAACAUCGAUUACGGAAGCAUCAAGGGCCUCCCUGAGGCUCUUGCAAACCCCAACUCUCUUGUUUCUACCAUCUACGGCUAUGAGACCUGCGACAAGGUUUUCAAGACCAUCGAGAAGCUCGAAAAGGGUAGCGCUAUUUUCACUCAGCCUGCCGGUGCUAUCAAGUGUGCUGGUGCACCUCAAAAGGUUAUGUGGCUUGCUCUGGACUACUGGAAGCGUGCCGGUCUGUACGAUCCCGGCAAUCCUUCUGCCUCUCCCAUCAAGAUCAGCUUCGCCACCGGAAUUCCUGCCAUGUUCGGUGUUCCCAAGUACAGUGCCAAACUCGAGGAACUGAGGAAGGAAAGGGGCGUCGAGGGCCUCUUCCAGCAUGACCUUGUUGCGGUCGAUGGCAACACGGCGGUCUUCGCUCGACCCGACGGAAAGGACCAGGUCACCAAGCCGUUUGAUCUUCUGCACGUCGUUCCCAAGAUGGGCCCCCACGCAUUUGUGAAGAACAGUCCUCUGGCCGACGCAGCUGGAUUUGUCGAUGUUGACCAGGCUACAACCCGCCACACCAAGUACCACAACGUCUGGUCUUCGGGCGAUGCAUCCAGUUUGCCUACGUCCAAGACUGCGGCAGCAGUCACGUCCCAGGCACCCAUUCUUGUGAACAACCUGUUGCGGUCGAUGGAGGGCAAGGAGCCAGAGCCCAAAUACGACGGCUACACCUCGUGUCCACUUACCACGGAAUAUGGCAAGGUUCUCCUUGCUGAGUUCAAGUACGGUGGAGUGCCCAAGGAGACAUUUGGUGAUCUGAUUGGUUUCGACCAGGCUGUCCCCCGCCGUGCCUUCUAUCACCUGAAGAAGGAUUUCUUCCCAUGGGUUUACUACAAUUCGAUGGUCAAGGGAACUUGGGCCGGCCCCAACGGCUGGAUGAAUUAG